AUGGUCGAUGACUCCGUAUAUGAGAUUGCCACUGGGCUUGUCGCCUCGCUCGUCGCUGACACCACGUUAUUCGUUAAUAAAGGUUCUGUAAUUCGGCUUUCAGGACCCGAGACGCCUGCUAAGAAGAGUUUCGAGAACGAGCUUCAGAAGCUUGCUGUCCGAUUCGGCCAGCGAGAAAGCAAAUGCUCUACCCUAGUUACCCCGUCACUGCCAGAGACGCCGGGUGAGGUCAAUGACUGUCUUUUCGGACCUGGAAGCAGGCCCGACACUAUUGUGGCCAUCCAGGAAGCUCACUCCCACAGCUCGCCGGCCACGACUUGUCCUCUCGAGAAAGAGCUCUGGAAGCACCAGAAUGCCAACGAUGCUUUCCGGAAGGCACUACAGGAGAUCGGUGAAUCAGUUACCGCAGUCGCACGCGGUGACUUAACUAUGAAAGUGCGCAUCAAUACUGUCGAACUAGUCCCCGAAAUCAAAGCGUUCAAGCGCACUAUAAACCUGAUGAUGGACCAACUGCAAACUUUUGCGAGCGAAGUCUCCCGAGUGGCUCGUGAAGUAGGUACCGAGGGUUUAUUAGGCGGCCAGGCGCGUAUCGAUGGUGUCGAUGGCACGUGGAAAGAGCUUACAGAUAAUGUAAACGUCAUGGCACAAAAUCUCACUGAUCAAGUACGAGAAAUUGCUUCUGUGACAACCGCGGUUGCCCACGGCGACUUGACCAAAAAGGUCGAACGACCAGCAAGGGGGGAAAUUUUGCAGCUCCAACAAACAAUAAAUACUAUGGUGGACCAGCUGCGAACUUUCGCUUCGGAAGUAACGCGAGUAGCUAGAGAUGUCGGCACCGAGGGUAUGCUCGGCGGACAGGCAGAUGUUGAGGGAGUCCAAGGCAUGUGGAACGACUUAACCGUUAACGUGAACGCCAUGGCCGAGAACUUGACGUACCAGGUCCGCGAUAUCAUCAAGGUCACGACAGCGGUAGCUAAGGGUGAUCUCACGCAGAAAGUCCAAGUCGACUGCAGGGGCGAAAUCUAUGAGCUCAAAUCAACUAUUAACUCGAUGGUAGAUCAACUGCAGCAAUUUGCUCGCGAAGUUACAAAGAUUGCCUGGGAAGUCGGCACUGAGGGUCGUCUCGGUGGUCAGGCCACGGUCCACGACGUCGAGGGUACAUGGAGGGAUCUUACAGAAAAUGUUAACGGCAUGGCCAUGAAUUUGACGACGCAAGUGCGGGAGAUUGCGAAAGUCACAACCGCGGUAGCGAAGGGUGACCUUACUACAACCAUCGGCGUCGAAGCAAAAGGAGAAAUUCUGGAACUAAAGAACACUAUCAAUCAAAUGGUGGAUCGUUUGAGUACAUUUGCUGCAGAAGUCAGCAAGGUGGCCCGAGAAGUAGGUACUCACGGCACCUUGGGUGGGCAAGCACAGGUUGCCAACGUCGAAGGUAAAUGGAAAGACCUGACCGAAAACGUCAACACUAUGGCCUCAAAUCUCACUGUCCAGGUGAGAAGUAUCUCAGCGGUCACUCAAGCAAUCGCCAAUGGAGAUAUGAGCCAAGCUAUAGACGUGGAUGCGAGUGGCGAGAUACAAGUUUUAAAGGAGACCAUCAACAACAUGGUCGGGCGACUGUCAAGCUUUUGCGACGAGGUACAACAAGUUGCAAAAGACGUUGGGGUUGAUGGAAAGAUGGGCGCUCAAGCAGACGUGGCGGGUCUUAGUGGUCGCUGGAAGGAGAUCAUGACAGACGUUAAUACAAUGGCUAGCAAUUUAACGACGCAAGUGCGGGCCUUUUCAGAUAUCACGAACCUGGCAACUGAUGGUGACUUCACCAAGCUUGUGGAUGUCGAGGCCUCUGGGGAAAUGGACGAACUUAAGCGGAAAAUCAACCAAAUGAUCUCGGACCUAAGGGAUAGCAUCCAGCGGAAUACCCAAGCGAGAGAGGCUGCGGAGUUAGCUAACAGAACAAAGUCAGAAUUUCUGGCCAACAUGUCUCAUGAGAUUCGGACACCAAUGAAUGGAAUCAUCGGAAUGACCCAGUUGACCUUGGACACCGACCUAACGCAGUACCAGCGGGAAAUGCUUUCUAUUGUUAAAAACCUUGCCAAUAGCCUUCUCACAAUUAUAGACGAUAUUUUGGAUUUAUCCAAAAUUGAGGCGAGGAGGAUGGAAAUCGAGGAAAUACCGUAUACCCUAAGAGGGACAGUUUUCAACGCACUGAAGACCAUGGCAGUCAAGGCUAACGAAAAAUUUCUGGACCUGAACUUCACUAUAGAUAGUUCAAUCCCGGAUUAUGUCCUUGGGGACUCUUUUCGUCUUAAACAGGUUAUUCUCAACCUCGUGGGGAACGCCAUCAAGUUCACCGACCAUGGAAAGGUCAGCUUGGCCGUGAAAGAGGGAGCGACCCAAGUGCAAGUUGAGCCUGGACAGUACGCCGUUGAGUUCAUUAUUGAAGAUACCGGAGCUGGCAUUGCGAAGGACAAGUUAGACCUUAUCUUCAACACUUUCCAACAAGCGGAUGGUUCCAUUACGCGGAAGUUUGGGGGCACCGGCCUUGGUCUUACCAUCUCGAAGCGACUCGCCAUCCUCAUGGGUGGCGAUAUUUGGGUAAAUAGCGAAGCUGGUAAAGGCAGUCGAUUCUAUUUCACAUGCAAAGUGAAGCUAGCUACUGAUGGUACCGAAGUGCUCACGAAACAGCUCCAACCUUACAAGGACUACAAGGUGCUCGUCGUACGAACAGGCCAAACAAGUUCAACCGGAGACGUCAGGGCUAUGCUUGAGGACCUCGGUUUGCGACCUGUUAUGGUCAGUAGCAUCAGGGACUCUGCCCUCAAUGAACUUGAGGACGGUCCUGGCACCGCUUGUCAUGCAAUAAUUGUUGACUGUCUCGAAACGGCGAGAAUACUUCGAGGUGUGGACGAGUUGGUGUAUCUUCCAAUCGUUCUGCUAGCACCUGUCAUUCAUGUCAGCCUCAAGAUGUGCCUCGACUUAGGCAUCACAUCGUGUAUGACGAGUCCAUGCAAACCUGGUGACUUGGGCAUAAGCAUGAUCCCGGCGUUCCAGAACAGAGAUGUGCCGCCUCUCCUUGACGACACAAGAACUCUCAAUAUCUUACUCGCAGAAGAUAAUAUGGUGAAUCAAAGAUUGGCAGUCAAGAUGCUUGAAAAAUAUAACCACACUGUGACAGUUGUGGGCAAUGGCUUGGAAGCAGUUGAAAUUGUUAAGAUGAGAAGAUUUGACGUGAUCCUCAUGGAUAUUCAAAUGCCCAUUAUGGGCGGAUUUGAGGCCACUGCUAAGAUCCGCCAGUAUGAACAGAGUACGGAUGUCGCCAGUAGGACUCCAAUCAUUGCUUUGACUGCCCACGCCAUGAUGGGUGACCGCGAGAAGUGCCUCCAAGCGCAAAUGGACGAGUAUCUAUCGAAACCGCUGCAGCAGAAUCAGCUCAUAGAGACAGUGUCAAAGUGUGCAUCCCUGGCGGUUACCUCAAACGCCAAGCGAAAAUGUGAUGAGCACGUUGCCAAAGCGUCCCGUCCAAGGUUGACUUCGGAGUAG